AUGUCUGAUUCAGCCCAUCAUGCUCAUCGAGUAUUCGUACCCAAGAUCCAGAUCAUCGAAAACAACCCUCUUUCACAUCUUCUACCAUACGGCUCCUUAAUACUCGCUACCAGCAUCAUCUGCAUUGUUCUCCUUACCAACUGCCUCGAGCGAUGGAUCCUACCAGCCGUUUACAAAGACAUCUGCCAAACAUUCGAACGAACAAAGGAUGAAAGGCGACGGCGGUCUUUUGUCUACUUCCACGUCGGCAGCAUCAUUCUUUUCUGCGUUCUCUGCAGUGGAUGUUAUCCUAUGAUGUACUUCCUCGUCGGCGACGCCAAAUUCUCUACACCGUUUACCAAAGGCAGCGCUGUCACGAUCGGAGACAGCCUGCUAGUUCUUUCCGAAGUCUACAGUUCAUAUUACAUCUUCGAAAUAUGCUUUCGCACCAAGUUCGCGAGCCCUCUCAGCAUUGCGCACCACACUGGACUGCUUGUUAUCACACAGACAGCGUUGAGUCUCUUUGCCGACCACGACAAGCAUCGCGAAGCUACACUGGAGUUCUACAUGUGCAUGGUCUGGGGUACAUUCGAUGUCGUCGUCGAGCUCCCUAUCUUCCUUAUGAUGAUCAUUUGGCGAAUCAAGCGACACAACACUCUGCUGUUGUCCCGUAUGGCCUAUACAUGCUGUGUCUGGCAGGUUACAGGAGCUAUCACCGAGGUCGCCGUCACGAUAUAUCUGCUCAACAGGUCGUGGCAUCGCUGGGGUCUCGAGUGGCGUAUCAUUACCCCCUUGGUGUUCUCCCUGUGGAUUACGACCCAACUCUACGGAGCGUCUCGACUAUAUCAGAUGGGACGCGGUGAGCGACAAAAGCUCAAGGCCAAGGACGAGUUGGCUUUGACGCAAGAGGAAAGCGUAUAA